CGAAGCUUCUUCAUCAACCAAGAUGGAUUUUAUCAACAGAGUCAGUUCUCCGAUGAACUUAUAUUCUGAAGAUUCAUUAGAGACGAAAGAAGAACUUGAUGCAGCUCGUGAAGAAGUUUUGAAGCAGCAGAAGAAGACAGCCCCUUUUCUUGUUGGGAGUAUUGCUAAGGUGAAUGAUCGUAUUACCAGUCUUGACCGUGAGCUUCAGGAUUUAGCUACUGGUUUAGUGAUAGAAAGCAGACAGACUUUUGGAGAUGAUGAUUACCCUCCCGUCUCCCCACGCUACGAUGAAGGACCCAAAGCUGAUAUAACACCCAAAGAUGUCAAAGAACUCAACCAGUUUGCAGGUGUAUACGCUGUCAAGUCAAUGCUUCAGGUGGAUAAGGCUGAUAAAGGAAAACAUCUCUUAAAGAACUUAGCAGCAAGCAGAAAGCAACAAAAAGAAAAGACUGGAACAAAGCCCAGAUUAGUUGAGCUUCAUCAGUACCCAGGAUAUGAAUCGGAUCGCCUUACACAGCUUCCCGAGGUCCCUGGUAUAGUCAUACUCAAGACUGUUACCAAAGCUCAAUUAGAUCUUGAAAAGAAGCCUCAUUAUAAGAUUGAAUUCAAGAGACUUUUCCAUUCCAAGAUGUCUGAAGCCAUAUUAUUGGAUACAUUUUGGUAUUUCUUCCUGCAUCGAUACCAUCCAAGUAGAAAAGUUCAGAGUAGACUCUUCAACCGUAUCUCGUACAACUAUGUGAAGUUACUCCUCUCAGCCAAGCAACCCAAGUAUAGAGAUGUCUUUUUCAAGUCCUAUUCUGACAUCCUAGCCCAAGCAGUGUAUGCCUCGUACUGUGCAGCCUUCCCUAACUCAUGGAGGCAGUUUGAUGAUAGCUUUAAAGAAGACCUUUGUGGACUUACAUCAGAGUGGGUGGUUGGGACUAAGCAAGCUCCCAGGAGAUGGGCUGCAUGGAACUUUGAUGACCUCGAGCCUCAUGAUAUGAAGAAAGAUGAUUUUAGUAAAAAGGAUAAGAAGAAAGGUGGUAUACUAAACUUUGAAUCAGGUUCAUCAAAUUCUAGUCAGAGCUUAGCGGAUAUAGGAGGUAACCGCUCCACCAUCGCAGACGACGAGGGCAGUCUCAUUUCAGCUGUAGCCGACGCACAGAGUAUCAGCUCUAUAUCGUCAUGUCACCCUAAAGACAAAUGUAAAAAACAAAACAGUAUGACUGACUUGACAAAGAAUACCAGUAAACCUGCAUUGCAAACCAUCAGUGAAAUAUCGGUAGAACAGUCUAGUGUGGACCUGAUGCAUGAUGGGAAAGGGGGCGGGGCAGGAGGAGGAGGAAAGGAGAUGAAGGGAAAGACAUGUUUGUCAAAGAAGAAAGACGUUGGGUCUAUAAUAUCUAAGAAGAGUGAUUCAAAGACUAGGGUCGGAGGGAAGUCAUCGGACCUGACGGCGAGGCCUUCUAUAUCAAGGACGAGCACCAACAAGAAAACAGAGAAGAAAGAGUCGCAUCCAGCUGCCGAAGGUCCGACAUUCGUCAAGCAUGUUUUCAACGUGGAGGGUCGUAGCCCGCUGGUGGCGCACUUCAUGAAGCAGGAGGGGCUAGAGAGGACGGCGGGUAUGGACAUCCUACUGCAGAGGACAGAGAUCGACAAGCUACCUUCAUCUAGCGCCCCGACUUACCAUGACAUCAUCCAGGAGACAUUCCAGCAUGUACGUCAUAUGAAAGACACCUAUCAGCGGAUGUACGAAGAAGGCGUCAAGGAACAUACCCAUUUCCUUGGUCAGCAGAGGGCUCAACUCCAUGAACACAUGAGGAGAGAGAACGCUUUGAUGGGCCAUCCUAGAGAGGUGAAGAAGUUGAGUGAUCUGCUCGUCCUAGAGUUACUCAAAGACCAAGGUGAAGUCAGCACUGGAGCUGCACAAGCCGUAGAGGAAGCCAUGCAAUAUUACGCUGAUCAGGAAUAAACUCAAUGGCCCUUAUUCAGAAGUCCGAAUUAACUCAGGCCAUGAUCUAACUCUGUGUUCAAAUUAUGGGAAGCCAAUAUAUUUCAAAAUUGCAUGUUUCCUACCUUUAUUUUGCUCUUUCCUUGUGUUUUAAUGAUGGAGAGAACUAUUCCCAGACACUUAAUGAAUGACUUGAAUGUCAAAUACAAAUUGAACUUGUACUGUUAGAGAUACCCAUCUCAAUUGGCUGUCCAUAGAGAUAAUAACUCCAUUUAAAUUAUACCCUGCUAUACUACAGUAUACACUUAUUCUUAAUAGUGUAGAGAAUUGAGGACGAUGGGUGAUUUCACCCUCAUCACAGAUCAAAUUGCCCCUAAAAUUUUUUAAAUGGUAGGCAUUCGGGUGACCCUCUUUUCCAAAGUCACCCCAGGAUCUUCC